AUGAACAUAAAUAACUAAUUACUUAAGAUCGUGCAAGAUGUAAAUAAUUUAAGAUGCAAUUUACAGAUAUAAGCUGUUAUCAAGAGUGAUAUCGAAAUCAAGCCUAGCUUGGAUGAAAUUCUCAAGAUUCUCAAGUAGCAGGUGGCAAUUUUGAUCGAAUUAGUUCAACAAUAAAAAGGGGUAGAGUAUGAUCAGUUGGAGAAGGCAGUUUAAAAGGCGGAAGCUGAAAUUCGAAAUCAUAUCAGAGUAAUUAUCUACAGUAAUUUGCUAGUUGGAGCAGCAAAUGAAGUUAUAUUCGGAUAGUCUUUAAGAGAAAAUCGAUUAAUUGGAGAAGGAGAAGUUAGAAUUAUUGGAGAAGGUAUAAAAUAGGUUAGUAACCUUAAGAACAAAAGUUUGACUGCAGGUUAGGAACGAAAGAUCUCUUCUCAAAACCAAACUAGAGAAUCCAGUCCCAGCUUGUUCAAAAAAACAUACAUCCUGGGGAACCAAGUGUACAAUAGACAGUAGGGCAUUCAACAAGAGGGUUGUGUCACAAUGGCUCAGAAUUGUGAUAGUCAAUAGACACGAGAGAGAAGAAGUUCUGGGACUCAGCACUCAUAUAUGAUGAUGAAAAACAUGUAAGAACCAAAUGUAUUGAGUAGUCGUGAGAAAGUGAAUAUGAAUGCUUCACAGGAGAAGGUUGGUGAUAAGAGUUCCACAAUUUUGAAAUCUCAAAACAGCACUUCCUUGUUGAAGAUGUACAACAUCCAGAAACUCAUCAUUAAAAAUUAGUAGGAUAAACAAUUGCAACAACUAAAGAACAAAACUAUAAAUUAGAUAUUAGAUGACUCUCAAGCUACUAAAAAGAAACCUUGA